UCGCCAGCUCUCAAAUCACCCACUCUGUAGCAGCGAACUGAUUAUCCUCGUCGUCCCACCAAAUUAUGCAAAUUCCCAACCUGAAUUUCAAUCAGGAAGUCCCUUGCAUCAUCGGGCAGAGUUCUUCCCGGUUCAGCAGAGAUGAGAACGACGGCAUUUUCACCAUCAAACCAUUGGAACCCCUCCUUCCGAAACUCCCAAAUCACCACACAACGUCCUCGUCCUAAAACCAACGUCAACCCCUUUCUUUUCGACCCCCAGAACCCGUUGAAUCCCCGUCAAGCUCGUCCACCGUUUCCUUCCUUCUCCAUUAACCCCUCGAGAAACCCACCAACACCCAUCUCCCAAAAUCCCAGCUUUGACCCGCCCCCGUUGGUGGUCGUCGGAUCCGCGAAUGCCGACAUAUAUGUGGAGAUCGAGCGGCUGCCGAAAGAGGGGGAGACGAUCUCGGCCGCCUCCGGCCAGACUCUGGCCGGCGGCAAGGGUGCGAACCAAGCCGCUUGCGGCGGCAAAUUGCGUUAUCCCACUUAUUUCUUGGGCCAGGUUGGCGAAGAUGCUCACGGGAAGUUGGUUUCUCAGGCACUUGAGGAUAGUGGGGUCAAACUUGAUUAUCUUAACAUCGUGAGUGGGAUUCCCACUGGGCAUGCGGUGGUGAUGCUGCAAUCUGAUGGGCAGAACUCGAUCAUUAUCGUCGGUGGGACCAACAUGUGCUCGUGGCCUGAGGUCUUGCCUGAUGAGGACUUGGAGCUCGUGAAGAAUGCUGGGAUUGUUUUGCUGCAGAGGGAAAUUCCUGAUUUUGUCAACCAUCAAGUUGCCAAGGCUGCAAGGAGUGCAGGUGUUCCAGUCAUUUUGGAUGCUGGGGGAAUGGAUACACCAAUUCCACAUGAACUUUUGAGUUCUGUUGACAUAUUUAGCCCAAAUGAAACCGAGCUCGCUCGCCUAAGUGGAAUGCCCACAGAAAAUUUUGAACAAAUCUGCCAAGCUGUAGCGAAGUUUCACAAAAUGGGAAUUAAGCAAGUAUUACUAAAACUUGGGGACAAAGGCUCUGCUUUGUUCAUAGAAGGGGAAGAACCAAUCAAGCAACCCAUCAUAAAAGCAAAGAAGGUCCUCGACACGACUGGAGCUGGUGACACAUUUACCGCUGCUUUUUCCGUGGCUCAUGUCGAGGGCAGAUCCAAAGCAGAGUGCCUCAGAUUUGCCGCUGCGGCAGCUUCUCUCUGUGUCCAAGUGAAGGGCGCCAUUCCAAGCAUGCCGGUUAGAGAAUCAGUUUCGGAUCUUCUGCAGUCUCUCUGAAGAUUUCGAAGGCUACACGAUGUAAUAUAAUGAACAGUGUCAGUGUUUUCUUUUUCUAUUUUCGAAGGAGCUGACGAGGAGCAAGCCAACACUAUUUUUUCCCUGAAUAAUGGCACGGUUUUAUUUCUCAAGAUUUUCUGGAGAUAAAAGAAAGAUCGCAUGCCCACCUUUGACUGUGCCGGAAGCCUGGAAGUACAGGGGAAUCUAAGCACUGUUACUGUACACAAAUUCAAAUGGUUCACCGCUUGCUAAAAUGAAGGAUAUUUAUAUUGUUGACUUUGCAUCUGAAAGCUAUAUGUUGCUGAAUUCUAAUGUGUCGGUGCGUGUAUUCUGAGCGUUUA